CUGUUGUUUAGAGCGGCGUCAAGGGUGGCAGGCCGGCUAUCUAUGGAAUAAGAAGCUAUUAUAUUCAGGGUUUAAAAAAGGAAGGCUCAUAUACAGUGAUUCAUCCCUGAAUGACAGAGUAAGCCUGAAGCCCGGCACAGGUAAAGGUGAGCUAAUAUUUCGAAAAAAUUUGAACUUCUACGCAUCCAGUUCCUUUGAAAAAAAAAUUUCAGUUUACUAUAUUUUCCCCAGAUCAGAAGUAUUUUCAAACGCCCCGGGCAAUUUCAAUGGGGAACUUGGUAGUUUUACUGAAAAAGACUUGCCCAGUUUGUUCUCACCACAUCGUUAAUUUUUCCAAGAAUAAAAUAAAGAUAUCUCGAUCGGUUUACAUGGAAACUUACAGAAACGAGGACAUUGAAAUAGUUACAACUUUGUGAUAAACUAGGCUCAGUGAAAUUAAAUUAAUCACGCAUUUUGUAUUAUUUACCAGAUGAAAAAAAUUUAAAUUUUUGCCAGAAUAAUUUUAAAACAUAUAUGGUAAGAAUGGAAGGGAAACUGCUUCCGAAACUGCUAAUAUAAAGAGAAACUGUGAUAGUUGUAUAGCAUAAGAAAUCAAAAUUCCUGUGCCACUUUGGGAGAAUAAUAUUAUACAUUAUUGUUUCUAUUUUUCGUUUUCUUUUUGUAAUUUUGUAAUAGCGUUCACUCUCUUCCAGGCGGAGGAGUCUUUACCUCGACGUUCCGUUUCCUAAAUUGGCGAUUUGUUAACUUUUAGUAUUAAGCAACACGGUCGUAGUGUGUAUACGUUAAGUCGUAUCACUGUUGACACUGUUACGAAUUUCAUUGCACAUUAGAUUUGGCGGCAAAAACAUUGUACAGUUAAAGCAAAAAAAGAAAGGAUUGCCUUUUUAUUUUUUCUCUUUACCUAAACACAUAUUGGAAGGGAUAAGAUCAAUAAACUUAUAUUUGAAACAGAUAAAAUAUUUCUAAAUUCUUUGGUCAUUUCACACGCAGUUAGACAUCAUGUUCACACGAGAUUCAACUUUCAAACAAUUUGGACAAAACUAACUAUGAAGGUAAUUCUUUAAAAACAGUGAACAUAAGGUGUCACAGUUCUGAUGUGGGGCGGUGUCGAGGUUGAUAUUCGCUUUGAGUUAUACAGCCGUAACUGAUAACAUUCGAAUUCGAUCUUGGGUUAAUCUGUUUUGUGUAAUGGCAUAAGAGUCAAAGACGAACUGAAAAUGCUCGUUAGAAUUACCAGUUAAAAGUAUUUUUAAGAACACUUGCUGCUUAACCGAACGAUUUUCAGCGGACAAGUCCCUUGCGAGCAGUGUAUUAAUGGCAAUGGGGUACCAGCUUGGGUACUGUUUUCAUUGUUAAAGCCACGCAAAAGAUUGUGCCUCCUGUUUUACUGGAGAAAUAUACCCACGAGUACUGGAAAAAGAGGUACCGUAGUAGUGAUUAACAAGGCUUUUUCAGUGAACCAUUAGUUUUUAUUUUCACAUAAGCUGAACAAAAUGAUAAACACUUCAUUUUUUAGCCAAUCAGAGAGCGUGAAUUGCCUUAAUGUUAUUUCGUAGCAUCCUAUAAUAAAGGAACUGAACUCAUAUUGAUCCCUUGAAGAUUUCAACACAGAUUAGCCAGUCAUCUAAUUUCUUUCUUUUUCUUAUUUUUUAAUCAUAAUUUUUUUAGUUUCCGUUGUCGUACUUAAUCCUGAUAGCCGAAGGAUAUACGUUCCAUUAGAUGAAUCUACCUGAAAUAUUCAUAAAUAUAAAUUUAAUUUUGAUUUUCAUGGUGGCAUAUUGCCUACAAAAAGUCUCAUUCCGGAUGGAAUUAGAUUUACGAAAUGUUGGUUUAAAGAAGGGAAAAAAAUAUUUUGGCCAAAAACCUACCAAAAAUAACUUAUCCGCUGUUUAAUCAAUUCAGCUUCGAUCAGCUGAUGGCGACCAAGAGGAGUAUUAAGGGUAGAUUCUUCUUCGCUCUGGGUUCUUAAAACAGCUAAAGAACAUUAAAAAAGUUUUACUUUGAGAACAAGGAAGAAAAGUAAGACCGACACAAACAAGUCAAAUGUAGGCUCGAUUACCAGCCGCUGUUCGGGAAAAUGAGCCGGCACUCAUCCCCCCUCUCUCUUCGAGGAGGAUCAAAGACCAGACUCGGGAGAAGGUGGAAAUCGAGCCUAUUGUAAGUCAAAUGCUGAAAAAAGUGUUCACGAAGUUGUGGCAGGAACCAACCUAACGUAUAAUGGGAAUUCUGUCUUGUGACUUUUGCCAAAAAUGACAGCAUAUUUUGUUAGCAUCACUCAUGAGGAUGAUGUUUUCAAGUACUGAACUGAUUAAAAAAAGCCUUCUUCGAGAAUUAAAAUUGCUAGAUUUUAAUAUUUAGAAUGCACUGCUUAACUUAAUAGAGAUCCGAGACAUUGCGCUUAGCUCAAACAUUGACACCGUCGAAAUUGUCAUGUCCUCAAAAUGCUAUUUCUUUCGUUAGUAUCCGGCAUGAUAAAAAACCAUCUAAUAUUUAUAUGUCAUCAAAUGGGCGAAUUGUAAGAUUUUUAAAAUACUACCUUAGCCACUCAAUUUUGGACAAUCAAUUAUUUAUAAAAGUUUUUGUCACGUACGGCUAUAAAAUAGUCAUUUUUAUAAAAGCGUUCGUGAUAGGAAUAUUUCAUUAAUUUCGCCAGUUCAAACAUCAAUUUUCCACUUAAUAAAAAUCCAAAAUUCUCUUAGAUGAUGUGGGUACAUUCAGUGGGAGCAUCACGUAAUUUUAAUACACGCCGGAAUUAACGCUGAGAUUUAAAAAACUCUCACGAGUCGAUUCAAUAUUGGGCACUGGCCGCGCUAAAGUUUCAGUUGGAUUUUAUCAAAAAUGAUUUGUUAAAGAAGGAACGCUGAGAAUAGUUUCAAGUGAGAAGAGGAAAAACUAUAUGAAAUAAUAUCAGAUAGAAAUAAAAGCGUUAUUAAACAGAGAUAUUAAAGAUUCUACUAAAAUCUCGGACUUAAACUUUGGCUUACCGGACACAAACUCGUUUUUGGCCAUACAAAUACUCUUAAAAGAAAUAACUAAUGUAAUCUUAAACUCAUAUUAGAAAAAAUAAGACGCUUUUAUUCACACAAACAAUCUUCUAAAUGUAAAUUAAUGAAAGCUCAAUUUGAAGUUCUCGACAGGUUUUAUUGUAUUUUCUAAGUGCCCUCUUUUCAACCGUAUCUCCUUCUACGUCACAGAUAAAGUGUCGCAACCUCCAAGCGUCACGGACUUUUUACGUUAAUAUUCAUUUUGCUCCAUUAACUGACAAAACUUAACUUCGCAGGUUCAAGGCUGUGAACUCGAUACGAAAGUUACUUUAGAUAGAGAAAAAGUAACAUCAAUCGCGGCAGAACAAAAUGGUGGAUGUUGAACACGCAUUUAGACGCGGGAAAAAGUACGAAUGGGUUUUAACGAAACCUUCUGCUCUGUUACAAGCCAAGACAGUACAAUGGACGGCAGCCAAGAUAAAUCUCAAUAUCUUCUCUCUGAGGGACGUUGGUGAAGCUUCCGAAGAGGAGAUUGCCUUUGCCAAUAUAAAGUUAUUUAGUAAAAAUCAUUGGUUUCUUUGGAUUGAGGAUAAUGGAGACGUAAGUGGAACUCAAGUGCAGGGCUAUGAAGGUAAGCUUUAAAUUUAAUUUACCCGCGUGCUAUACUGAGGAAAAACUACUUCAACAAAUAACAACUUUCUUAGAAAUUAAGUGACUAUAAUUUGGUAGGUUUAGUUUUUAGCCAGAGAAUGAUUCCUUGAGAUAUGUACGUAAAAAUUCUUGACGUUUGUAAAGUUAGCACUAGUAAAGGCUGUUUAACUGGUUUUCAAAUGUGAACUUAAUCAGUUCUGGGCUCAGUAGGUCUUAGUAUUAAGCCAUGAUUUUCGGUGGAAUAUCUCAGACUUAGAGUGUGACCCAUUCGGUUUUAUCAUUAAAACGAUGGUAAAAUUUUCUUCAAUGAGAAUCUUGUAUCACUUCAAAUAAUUAUUCAAAUUCGUCUUUUCAAGAUAACAUCAGUAAGUUUGAAAAUUUUGGUUGUUAAAUGCUGCUUAAAUGAGUUUGUUCAAGCCAAGGUGGCCGCCUCUGAUCAAUUAUGAGCUAAAAAAGGAAAAUAAAAUAUAUGUAUUUCCCAAUGAGUUCCACUUAUUGCAUUACUUUUUUGCGUGCUUUUUAAUCUGCAAAAUAUCUUGAAUAAAAGACAGGAAUAUUCCGUCUAACAUUUGACAAUUAAAGUCAUUAUAUAAUUGUGUUUUCAGUGCACUAUGAAACAAAGAAAUAAUGGUAAGCUGAGAUUAAAAUGAUUUACAUGAAAUAGUCUGCAUAAAGAAGUCAAUGAAGAAUAAGUGUUUUUGUACGACACAGAGCAAGUUUUCCGAUGAUAAUAAAAAGUGAAGCGUAUGACGAUCGCCAAACGAAAAUCCUCUAAUACAAAUCUGAAGAAGGAAUAAAAAAAGUCGGGAUAACCAUUAAAACUUAACGGCCUUUGUGGUCUUGUCUUUAGCAAUAUCUAUAUAGAAUCAGUGUACAGGAAGUAUUGUAUUGUAGUAUAUACAGUAUAUUUAUAGUUGCUGGACUUGGUUGAGUAAAGAUUGACACAUCUAUUUCCUUCUUAGCGCGCAAUCCUUGUCAUGAUUGAAUUUGUCCACCAUAUAUGUACUGACCCAAAGCCUAACCCUCUCAGCUCCUGAUAAUAUAUGAGUAUCCACUCAAAUAAAACCCACGCGUUAUUAUUUAGCUUUUACUUCGUUGACGGUUUUUGGACGCCCUUUAGUAUAUUGAUAAGACUAUUCACCUUUUUGUGGUCAACCGCUUCUUUUUGUGUGGUGAGAUAUUCGCAAACCUAGACUGUAUAACGACUUUGUCCAGACGGUGUAUGUGUUCUGUUGAAGCAGUUCGCAUUUAAGACGUUACAAAGUACAUACACAAGUUGGCCUCAAAAUAUGUCAUUAUGCGAAAGAAUAAAAUCUGCGAGGUUAACAAGAUCAUUCAGAUGAGAGCUAUCACGUCCUAGCUACGUCCUUGUGAUGUUGUUUGCUUUAAACGUAUUUCGUAAUUCAAAUUGUCGAAGUGAUUUCAAAAAUGACGGUACUUCUUCAGAGUGUUUAAACGUGCGCUUGCUGAUUUCCAACCGUUAAUUCCUCUUAGCUUGCCUUUCCGACUCUAACUACAUACAAGAACUUCCGCUGAGGUAAAGGAGAGGAAGGAAAUAAUAUUGGAUGCGGUAAAUGUGUGGGCGACAAAGAGACUGCAUAGCAGAUUGGAACCUGGUAACAACCAAAAUGUCAGAUGCCGCUGGUGUUCCUUAGGCAUAUUACCAAAGCUAAACAGGCGCAUUAUCAGCUAAAUAUCGACUCGAUAGUUUCCAAAAUUUCUAGCAAUUGAAAACUAUGGAAAUUCUAAUAUGUUUCCCUAACCGUAAAAUAAUAAUAAUAAUAAUAAUAAUAAUAAUAAUAAUAAUAAUAAUUAAAUAUAAAUGAUAAUAUUACUAUUAAUAAUAAUUCAACACCGGGCUAUUCGUCCGCGCUGCCCCAACUUUGUACUAAUCUACAAAGUGGAUAGCAGGGUAAAAAUCAUGAUAUAGCAGCUGUGCCUUGGGACGCCAAUAUUGAGAGCAAGUACGGGGAGAAGGUCGAUUAUUAUAAAGACCUGGCCAUAGAGCUCGAUAUGAGUAACUGUGAUUUAUAGGAAAAUGAAUUUUUAAAGCAGUUUCUUCGAGUCGAGAACUAUGUAUUAAUGCUUAAGUAUUUAUUGUAAACUUUUAGCAAAAUGUAAGUAAAUUUAUAAAGGCAGAUUAUUUCACUUUUUUUAUUACGUAAAAAUCUUGUGUGGCUUUAUUUUCUAAGGUCGUGAUCCAUUAGUAUAUUUUCCAAUGUAGGCAUCAAUACUCAGGAACAUCAAUGCCUCCCUUCGCAAAGUACCCAAAGUGCAAAAUAAAAAAAAUCAUCUCGUUUUUAUUUCUAAAGAAGUUAGUGGUCACUCUUCCUAUUGCUAUGAGGCCAUGAUGAUUCAUGAAUUGACUAUCUUUUCACAGUAUUCACGCUUGCGUUAAAAUUAGUGUUGCUAUAUACCUCGUAAAUAAUAGUACACUUGCGAAAUAAUCGACUGAUAGAAGGGGCUGUAUUCUUGUAUAUAUACGAUUAGUUCUUUGGUGGAUUCAAUUUUAUUUUGUGAUUUUUCGUUUAGCAUAAUGUUUGAGGUUUAUGUAUUUGAGCGGAAACGAUCAUGAUAAUUUUAAACUCUAGAGUUUUAACACUAGCCAAGGGCUGCGAGGAAACAAAACGGACAUGGAGUUUGGAAUUCAUUGGUGUUAUGUUGUCCGCACUUACACUAUUGCAAAAGCCCUGAAAUUUUCUUUAAGUGAUGCUGCGGGAUUGACAAUCAGUGACAAUGUACGUGGUUUGUGCUUAAAGCAAAUGACGAUAUUAGAGCGUUGAUUACCUAGUAGUAUCCAUCGUUUCUCGAUUAACUCUCAGAAAUACUUAGGCUACAGAACGCUCCAAACAAUACUACUCUCCUUGGACACUGAAUCAAAAAGAUGAUGAAAUAUUUUAUUUGCUUGUACGUUAUUUUAAGCUAAACCAAACAGGCCAGAGGAAUUAAAUAUUUGGGAGCAACUAGGGAAGCUUGUUUUCACAUUGCUUAAAGAAUCGGUGUCACGAAAUUCAGCCAAAUUAGGAAAUUACAAAUGUUAAGAGAAACGUAAAAAUAACAGCUUAAAACUUUAAAGAAAGGUUAAAAUAACAUAACAGAAACAACAGAUGCCACGGAUCAUGGGCAAAACUGAACAAGAUUGAAACGGAUUGAAAUUAGGGUUUUUGAAAACUGUUCAGCCUAACAGCCGUUUUCAAAGUUGAUCCCUGCUGCUUGCAACUUCAAAAAUAAUGCUCAGGAGACAUAUUUGUUCGUCUCGGAGCUCUGAUUUUGUCAUUUACCUGUAAUUUCUUUGCUUACUUUAAGUUCCAUAGCGAUUGAGGGUGAGUGAUUGGCAAAAUUAAACAAAAUGAACUGGACUGCCGUGACACAGCCCCUUUAAGAUUCAUGCUCUUUUUAAAAUAUAUAUUUACGCCAUUCAGUAUUCGCCGGCUGAGUCAUGUUAACCCGGCCUGAAGGCUAAUACUUUAUCUUUAAAGUGACCGACCGAGGAUGACGUGAUGAAGGCGAACUUUACUGUUGGAACACAGAUCACCGCCGAGAGAUUUGCACCCUGCUACUCGGCAUUCCGGCCGUAGACAGCAAGCGUAAUAUGGUGAUCAAUUUAAAACGUUCUGGAUCAGACUUUUGAAUUAUUUUAUGUCAAGCCAUCUAGCCCAAAUUUAUGAACUUGAAUUUCUUUCCUGAUGCUCUACCCUGCGAACAGAGUCUCCUUCGAUCUUCCUAGGAAAGAUCGAAGCGACUCUGCCGGCAGGGUGCUGAUGCUCUGGCAUUGUGGAACAGUAACUUAAGAGCAAGGAUCUGCUUAUACUGUGUAAAUGACCUCAGUUUUGUUGUAUUAUUUUACAGUUACCCUUCAAUUACAAUCAUUUGGCAACGGUUUGGUUCGUAUUUACAGCCCGAAAAUGGGAAGAUUUAUUGCAAUGGAUAGCAACGGCAGGUUGUUUUCUACGGUAAGUAUAAAAAUUAUACCAUUAUGUUCAGUACUUAGUUUUGUUAAAAUCGACAAAGACGGAAUGUGAACUGAACAGUCUUGAUGGUUCGGCCAUGCUGUAUGCACAGGUACUAUUAAAAACAAUCUAAGAAGUCUUAAGAAGCAAACAAAUAAACUGGUACAGGAGAAACCCUUUAGUAUAAAAUAGAAUUCGAACUUUUCAAUAUUUAUUAGCGUUCUGCUUCAGUGUUACCGAGAUCUCAGAACAUCAAUGAAUUAACCACGGGAAGCCAUUCGAUCUUUAGUUCCACCGUAAGUCUUGCCAUUUCGCUUCACUUAAACGAUGUCGUCAUCGUUGCAUGGCGCAACUCGAUGCAUGUGUGUAUAUAUUCAGAGAAUUUAAAUAAAGACUAUCUCUGCAGGAUUAAUAAAAGAAACCAAAAAUCUGUGACAAUUAAAAAAAAAAAUUAAAAUUUUCUUUAGUCUGUUCCAGGCGUUCGGAUAGUGGAGUGCGGCGCGAAGGACACCCUUACACCAUCCCCUCGUUGUUUUUUUUCUUUGCUCACAUCUCUUUGCGCUGUCCCCACGUUCUGAACGCCUGGAACAGGGUACAUUUUCUUCCGCAGGAAGUUCCUGCUGUUUCCUUUUAGUCUCUGAAUCACUGUUAAUAAAGGAGAACAUCGACGUUUGUAUUCAUUACUAUAGACAACCGGCUUGAAAGAUUAGCUAUUGAGCCUUAAAGAAAGAGGCCAGAAUUUUUAGCAGGCUAGGGCUUACGAUUGAAAGAUGAUAGUAUGAAGAGGGGUCUUUUUUGCAUGAGCAUGCGCGACCGCUGAACAAGCGAUUUGCACGGAGGCUCACCAAAUGGAUUGCCUUCAUCAAAAUUUGCGUGUCUCAAAGCUAUCAUCGCGAUUAUUUUGCUCGUUGGUUUUGGCGAAUGUGCUAGUGAUUUAACAAAAUGUGUACCUUGGGUUCUAGACGAUAUCUUUUUUUUAUCGAUACUGAUGAUUCGCGACGAAGCUGCUUCAACGAGGCGCGAAGUGCCGAGGAGAAAGAGCUUUUAAUAUCAACCCGUGAGCAAGUUCAUUUCAUCUUAGGUAUUUUGAGAACGGACCUCUGGAACCAGGGUACAAAGUGUGUAGUUUGCCAAAAAAAAAAAAAAUCUAACAUGCUCUCCACAAAACGAAGUAGACCGGCUUUAACAUACCAGGAGCUACUAUCAAAUUUCAUCUUCCCACUUUACCUGGACAACAGCGCGCGUAUAUGUAGUGCUUGUAGGACUGCGCAGACCUCAUCAAAGUAUAAGGAAAAUGCCGAAACGUUUGUUGAUGUAAGUAAACACUUUCAACCUUCUUUGUUUUGAAUUGGGAAAGGAACACACAUAUUAAAAAAAAUAUUGCAAAUUUCAGCGAGUGAGUUGGAAGGGCGCAAAAGUCAGUGUUCUGUUCAUCAGUGAAUUAAUAAUAUGUUCUACAAUUUUCCUGGCACUUUUAAGCUACAAAAUUAAAAGCACCCGAGAUGUAGAUUAGUCACCUGGUGAGAUGUUGGUGAUGUUGGUAACUCUGUAUGUCUCGAAAAUAAAGAAAUGAGGCACAGUCAAAACUGCAUUCAAUAGGACCGAAAUUAAAGUCGAAUCUUAACACCGAUUUUGAUGAAACAAUCGGUUAGGUUUCCCAAGAAGUACAGUAAACAUGUGAUGCCGACCAAACGUUAAAAAUUAUCAGAGCACUUACGUUCUGGCUAAAAGCAAACUCCUGUACAAGAUGCGUUACAAUGUUAGUCCACGCAAAAACAAGAACUUCUAUAAUUUUCCGAUAAACAAACUUUGUGUGGCUAAAAUACUUAAAGGAACACCUUUCUAUUCCAACUGAUGACGACAUGGUAGUCGCCCGCUGAUCAUAAUUAAUCCACUCCCGAAAUAUGGCUAAAUAAGCUAUCCAGAAAUUAUUGACAGAAAUCCUCUACGGCAUCGAGAAACUAAUUUACAUCCGAUUUAUAGACAAACACUAAAUAAAGAACAUUUUGCUCAAUAUCUACCCCAUCAGCAAUGCAUUCUAUGCCAAACUUUGCGGUUCUUGAAGGGGAAUCAAGACACACGUCGAGCGCCAAACAACAACAAGCAGCCAUGUUCGUGUCUGACAUCCUUGAGAAACUUGCUAUUUCACCUCGUUCAGCGCAUCAGUCUUUACUUCUUUUGUACAAAGAAGGUCUUUCCUAAGUUUCUGCUACCAUUUGAACCAUCAAAGUGAAGAAUUUGACUCCUAUGACUAUGCACCCUGGUCGCUGUCUCUAAUCGCGUGCUCUUUAUCAAGUCUUAGUGCGCAUACUCAUGCAAAAAAAGACCCCUGUUAGGAUUAUGCGAAAGUUGAACAUUCUUUCCGUAUAGUCAGUAUAGUAGCAUGUAAGUGGCGGCUUUUUACUUAGACACACAGGUGGGUUAAAAGUACUCGAAAAUGACAGUGCAAAACAGUCUAUGAGGAAGUAAACACAAUCAUGGGUUACAAAUGUUCAUGCUUGACUAACAUUAUUGGCCUCCGGCAACUGUUCUAAAGUUGAAGUCACGCGAAAGUCCAAAUGAUUUGAGGAAUCCGAUUUCCUCUUAAGCUUCUUGUGAAUGUCGGUUCAACACUGUCUGAAUGUAACGGCAGAAAUUCGAAGUUGUGUAGUCGGUUUCUCUGUAUGUCAGAAAUUAAAAGAGAGAAAAAUUUCGCUCUAAAACUUAUGAUAACCUCAGGUGUACUCUUAAGUUGUACUAUGGUUAGUUAUCAACCUCGAAGCACCAACACAAAACAGUAAUUGAUAUGCAACAAAAUCUGUUUCUUGAACAUGAAGAUACAAUGUUUUUUUGGGCAAAGUUUUUGUAACUAAUCUUUUACAUUGCGUGGCACAUUUGUGUGGAGCUAUUUAUAUUCUUUAAUUUGCGGUUGGAAUGUCUGGAAUGGGACCGAUGGAAGAGAAAGAUGCUUGCGCACAAUUCCUGACUUCUACACAUUUGGAGCAGUUGGUUAAGAGUUUAUUUUCAUAGGUUGAUCGAAGUUUUUAUCAAAUUGGAAAUGCAGCAUUCGUGACAACUUUGUCGAAAGUAUAAGCAGUGAUUUUCCGAAGCCUGAUUUGCAUUGUCUACAGACGACGAAGUUAACUGGCCCGAGCUAAAUUUUAACUAUUAAAACGAACACUUACUAACUUUGGGUGGCUUAUCUUUUCAGAAUGACAUGUCAUCAUUAUUUUUUUCAAGGAACUCUAUAUUUACGAAUAAAAAGAAUUAAUGUUUUUCAGUAAUUUGGAUACUAUAUUCUACAGUUUUAUCGUCUUCUCCAAAAUUUCCCUUCCGCUGUUUGUAUACCAACAUUUAUCUGCUUCUGCAGUUUUUUCGCACGAAAAAUAUCAAAAGUGUCAAAAUCUGAAAGCAAAUAUCAAUACAACCGCAUUCUGCCGCCACCGCCCUUUAACCUUUGUAUGUUUUCCCAGCUAAGAAUAUCACACAAUCAGAUCAGCUCCAAGAUAACAUGGAGAUUAACUAGGCCGGUUUUGUUUCAUCGCGACAAUAUCUUUAAAGUAAGGUUGAAGUACUUAAUGAGACAUUCGAAAAUUGACCACCAAUACAAUGUUUCAUGGAAUCCAUUAGGAAAUUGAGUAAUUUUAAUUUUCAGUGGACAAAAACCUUGUACCAGAAUAAUUUAAACAAUAUCGCAUUCUUUUUUACAUUUUUCAGGGGCUAAAGAUUUUUAAUUAGUUAACUGUAAUAACACCAAAGACUAUUUCUCAUGGGAGCCGAAGAAAAUAAAUGUAAAUUUUCACAAGAAUAGUGAAAACUCAGGUAAAAUUCUAAAAAUUCCAUGUGUAAGAUGUCAUUUUGUUAAAUUUGACAUUUAUUUUCUCGGCCUCUCAUAAGAAAUUUUUUCUGGUGUUAUUACAGACAACUUAUUGCAUCUAUAGCCCUUAAAAAAUGUAAAAAAGAAUGCGAUUAUUGUUUAUUAUAAAUUAUUCUUUCUGGUACAAGGUUUUUGUCCUCUGAAAAUUAGAAUUGCUCAAUUUCUUAAUGGAUUCCCUCACUUUGAUACGAUGACCAUAUUAAGAGAAAACUGACUAAAGAAAAGUCAGAAUAGAAACUUAAAUGUUUUUAUGCUUUUUUUAUAAUAUAAACCCCGCAAAAAUGUCAAGGCGUAAAUUCAAUGACAAGGAUGGCCAUGAACCCUUUUACAGAAUGUUUAAUGCUGGUCUUAAGCGUUAAGCCGAUGUUAGAGUAGAAAAUGAAAAAAAGAACAACAAAAAUCAUUUAGAAGUGCUGCCUUUUCAAAAAUAAGAAAGAAUAUAUAUAACACUAAAAAUAAUGUUUUUAAAAUGCCAUUUUCGUUUAAAACAAUCAUCAAGAAUGGGCUUGAAUAGCUACUAGAACAGGUCCAUUUCUGACAUUUCUCAUAUAUUUUUUGCAUAUGACUAAUUGACUGUUUUGUUAUAGAAAAACAAAACUGACAGCACAAUUUUCAAGCACGUGAAAGAGAUAAAUGGAUUUCACACGUUUUCGUCCCAUAAGUACUACAGGGAAACUCCACAUGAUAUGUACAUAGCACUUCAGAAGGAUGGAAUACCAAGGAAAGGCAACAAAACGUGCAGGCUUCAUAAGGGAUCGCAGUUUUUAAUUAUUUAGACCUGUCACAGUCUUCUAUGAACAUUAAUAUCUACUAUCAGAUAGGUUAACGGAUUACUGCAUGAUGCAAUUUGUGGUGUGUGGGAUUUGUUGAAAGUGUUGACAUAUAGACUAUACAAAAUAAGACGACUUAUAAUACAGUAAAAACCCGUGAGUAAGAACCUGAUUUUUAAGAAACUGUUUGGUAAAAAUUUCCCAGUUAGGCCGUUUCUAUACAAGAGCCUGUUUAGCCUUUAAUUUGAGGCAGGCUUUUAUUUUCUGAAAUCUAUAUUAAAAAAAUUCUCUACACUUGGGCAAAUAAGAUAACUCAACAUUCAGGAUCCUCUUUGGAGACAUAGGUGCCUUAUCACUCCAACUGCAAUGUAAUGGUACUCAUGCAGAUUUUAUGUAAGGAAUAAGCAGAAUACCACUAAAUACUCUUAGCUACAAUGUAUUCUCUCUUUUCAGAAAAUAAGAACCGAGCCUAAAUAGCCUAAAUUUGUGCUAAUUACCAUUUAUGUAAGAACCUGUUUAGAUUAACUAAGAAAAUGAAGGUUCUAACUCUCUGGUUUUUACUAUAUGUAUUUUUUUCAUUUGGCCGGUAAAGCGUUGACGGUUAUAUAUGUUACCAAAACAAAUUAUGAUUCUUAGUAACUCGUUAAAGGUUGGGCUGAGAACCGUUCUUCAUUUCCAAAACAGAACUACUCAUUAACCUGAACUAGGAACUGUUCUGGAAAAUUGUGAUUACUAAAAACAACAAUUCUGACCUGGGUCUCGAAGGAAUCAUUUUGGAAUGAACGUUUCAAAUUUUUGGCAGAAAAUAAUGUAUUUAAAUUCAGACUUCGAUUUCCAAAGGAAAAAAAAAACACAAAGCGGAUAGAAUGUUCUGUUUUAGUAUUUCAACGAG